AUGGAGAAAUCAGUGCGCAGGAGCUGCUACAAGCCGUGCCAGGUUACGUCCCUCGUCACCCUGUUGUGCUUCGCGUUUCUCUGCUUGGACUACUUGACCUUCCAUGGCGACAGAGACGGCUUCUACAUCAGAAUCAACUACCAUGGGCGUCCGACAUCUGCCGAGACGAAGCAAAACGGAAUGCAGAGCUCUGAUUCUCUCCGACCUGUGGCAAACGUCGAUGAUCACGGGGUUAGUGCUACGAGCAACUCCAGCAGUGCAAGAGCCGGGGGUUCGGAUAAGCCUGAUGAGGUGGAGGAGAGCCUGAACGGUACGAAUGAAUCAGAUGCAGGGUCGGCACCGAGGGGCAACAAAGAAUCUGCGGAGUAUGUCCCUGUCCAGGUCCUAGGCAAAGGUGAUCGAGAUAUGACGCACCCGAAUAAGGAGAGCGCAGACCCGUGCUCGGGCCGGUACAUCUACGUUCAUGACCUCCCGAGUAGAUUCAAUGACGAAAUACUGAAGAACUGCACGUCCCUCAUCAAGUGGUUCGACAUGUGCCCGUCCAUGGUCAAUGAAGGUCUAGGUCCCCGAAUCGACGAUUCUCGCGGAGUCCUUUCUCAUGGAAACUGGUUUGCGACCAAUCAGUUCUUAUUAGAGGUAGUGUUCCGCAACAGGAUGAGGCAGUACGAGUGCUUAACCAACGACUCCUCGCUGGCUUCUGCUGUUUUCGUCCCCUUCUAUGCCGGGCUCGAUGUCGGCCGCCACCUCUGGAAUUUCAGCACGUCGGUUAGGGACUCUCUCGCGCAAGAUCUCACCAAUUGGCUUGCGGAUAGACCGGAGUGGAACAGAAUGUGGGGGAGGGAUCAUUUCCUAGUCGGAGGAAGGAUCGCUUGGGAUUUCAGGAGACAAAGCAACGACGUUUCUGACUGGGGAAACAAUCUUAUGUUCCUGCCCGAGUCCAAGAACAUGACGAUGCUAUCGAUCGAGUCGAGUUCUUGGAACAAUGACAUCGCCAUACCAUAUCCCACAUAUUUUCAUCCCUCGAGCGAGGCUCAGGUCCUUGAAUGGCAAAACAAAGUGAGAACACAUGAGAGGCGGUACCUGUUUUCGUUUGCUGGGGCCCCACGACCGAGCUUGGAAGAUUCUAUCCGAAGCGACCUCAUUAACCAAUGCAAAGCCUCUAAUGGGACAUGUGCAUUGCUGAACUGUGGCUAUGUUGUGAACAAGUGCGAUGAUCCGGUUGAAGUGAUGAAUGUCUUCGAGAGUUCUGAUUUCUGCCUGCAGCCGCCCGGUGAUUCCUUCACUAGGAGGUCAACUUUUGACUCGAUACUGGCCGGCUGCAUUCCGGUUUUCUUCCACCCUGGAUCGGCAUACGUGCAGUACAUUUGGCAUUUACCAGAGAAUUCUUCCAAGUAUUCAGUUUUCAUACCCGAAGACAAGGUGAAACGUGGACACAUCAACAUCAAACAAGUAUUGAGUAGGAUUUCCCGGGAUGCAGUACUCAGUAUGAGAGAGGAGGUUGUACAGCUGAUUCCUAGGAUUGUAUAUGCAGAUCCAAGGUCCAGAGAUCAUAAGUUCCAGGAUUCCUUUGACACUGCCGUAAAAGGAGUUUUGAAAAGAAUAGAGAGCAUCAGGAGAAGAGUUUCCGAUGGCAAGGAUCCUAGUUCUGGAUUUUCAGAUCAGAACAGUACAAAGUUCAACAUGCCCAGGACAGCCUAG